UCUGGAAGUUUAGCGUUUUUAAAUCUCCGUGACUUGCAUGCCUCUCACUCAUCACUACAAGCACUACAACAUUAAGAUAACAAAAUGUUUCUACGUUCCGGGAAUAGGAAAGAUCAUACGUCAUCAAAACACAAUGAACACCGCCACUGAUAAUCUCACAAUACUGGUCGUUGUUACUAUGGGCGUGAGUGAAGAGAUCUGUCACAAAUGAGACCAGAGGCGUCAAAAGCAUUCAGAGAACAGCUGAUCUCCAUCCUGAACAUGUAUAUCACCCCACUGCACAGGGGAUGCGCAAACCAUAUAAGGGCAAGAACGAAGCAUUUCUUGAAGAAGAUCUGGUGGCAAAAGAACCUUUUGGUCAGUUCAAGGAGUGGUUCGAUGAGGCGUGCAACACCCCUGGGAUUAUUGAAGCGAAUGCCAUGUGCCUAGCCACUGCAACUAAAGAGGGUAAACCAUCAUCCCGCAUGGUGCUCCUUAAGGGCUACGGAAAGGAGGGCUUUCGCUUCUUCACAAACUACACCAGCAGAAAGGGCCAAGAGCUGACAGAAAAUCCUCUUGCCAGUGUAGUUUUCUAUUGGUCCUACAAUGGAGAGGAUAGAUCAUGGUCAAGGCAGAUUGAAAAUCCUCAGGCUUGCCUUUGCUUUUACUGGGAGCCUCUCAUGAGAUCUGUGCGUGUGGAGGGCCGUGUGGAGAGAAUUGGAGAGGAGAAGUCAACAGAAUAUUUCCAUUCCAGGCCUCGCAGUAGCCAGAUAGGUGCUUGUGUCAGCCCUCAGAGUCAGGUGAUAGCUGGCCGUCACAUUCUGUUGAGCAAAGACAAGCAGUUGCAAGAAGAAUAUAAAGAUGUAAAAAGUGUAAUUCCUAAACCAGAAUGUUGGGGAGGAUUCCUGAUUGUACCUGAUAGCAUAGAAUUCUGGCAGGGACAGACAAACAGGAUACACGACAGGAUUCGGUUUAGGAAACUUGGAGAGGAUGAAAUUUUAGAUGAAACUUUGACUAAGAAAGGAGAAAAUGGAUGGGUAUAUGAACGUCUUGCUCCUUAAUUAACCUAUGAGCAGCAACAAACUUCUGACCUCUCAGUGUUGUGUGGAUGUGUAGCCAGUAUUAUGACCCUUGUGAAACAUGUUCAUUUGUAUGUACAUGUAAGUAUAGGAGAGACUGCAUUGCGUCUGUGCAUGUGGUGCAGUAAAUGUUAUUACUGAAAGCACCUUAGCCAGUAAUUAUGCAGGUGGUGAAAAUGUGACAGCUGGGCAUUCAUUUGAAUCUGCUUAUUUAUAUUUACAUGACAUAAAUUUGUCUUUUAACAAUUUACAGAUCUAUUUAAUUAACAGCACAGUGUUACUAAGUUCUAGUUUUAUUUAGUUUUCUCUGUAUGAUAUUUUCACAGAAUUUCUGUGACACCUUUCAAAGAAAUUUCAUGGAGUAAAUUUGAAAGCCUCACUCAUGCGAGUAUAUGGUGGUACAUUAGCACCACCUUUGAGGUAUGUGACAACACUCAAGCUAAGUGGUUAUUGAAUCAAAACCUGCAUCAUAAUUUUCAAAAUCAGUCAGUCCAGCUGGCCCUUUACCUGAUAUUUGUUCUCACUGUCCUACAACUCCAGACAGCUCUUCUAUAAUCAUAAAGCAAAAUACCAGUACAGUUACAUUACAUGAAUGAUGGAACAUAACACAUGAACACAAGCUCAGACACAAAAUGUUUUCUCUAUAAUACCAGCCAUUUAUACACAUGUGGGUUAUGAAUUAAAAAACUACUUUCAAUACUAAAUAAACAUAAAAAAACACAUAUACAUGCAGCAGGUGACCCUGCAAUGAGAGAACAAACCAGGUCACUUGCCUACCUUGUGUAUGGGCAGCUGGCCCACAUGGUGGGUGAGUGGCUGAGGCAGGGUGUGUCUGCUGCUUUGUGCUGAUGGUAUGACUGUGCCUGGGUGGUGACUGACAAUAUCAGUAGUGCACUUACUGACACUAGCACUAGUAUCACUUUCUUUAUGUGGGAUUAUUUAGAUUAUUCUGGAUGCCAUGUAUAGGCAUCCCCAUGCUGACCUGAUAGAAAAAAAAAUGAAUAAAGAAUGGUUUUGCCAUAAUGAAAUACAUCUAGGCUAGUGUUACUUGUCAGCUUCUCUGCCUAACACCUUAUCAUUAUGACCGUGUUGCAUUGCAGUACUAUGCUAGUGUAAUGAUGAAACUGAUCACCAAAUACCUUGCUAAUCUUAAUGUGUAUGAACAUUUUAUCACUUGUGGUCACCAUCAGACAAAUGUAUAUCUAGGUUGUGUGUUAAUUUAAUUUACAGUUGGACCUUGCAUUGCUUUGUUGUUUGUAUCCAGUGUGGUUAGCUAGAAGUAAUGAAUGGACAGGUAAUGCCAAACUGGCUGGAAUCAUCAAAUCUGUGAUGUGUUCCCACGUUGAUUAUUUACUGUGUUGAUUCAAAUUGGUGACUGAGCUAUUAUUAAUUAAGUGCCAAUUUCAAGAGUUUUAUUUGUAGAGCUCUAGUGGAAGGCAAACACUUGCCUACAAUGGUUCUCAGGUCCGUGAUAUCAUGCAUCAGGAGUCUUCCAAACGCUAUGGUAAAGUUUGUAAGUAUGUAAGUGGAUGUAUUAUUAUUUUUACUGUUAUUUUAACACAAUACAUUAUUCACCUAUUUU